AUUCUAUUUGGGGCGUUAAACAAAGUGUAGUAUGAACACGUCCUUUCGCAAAUAUAAACAGAUCAUAGUAGUGAUUGGUGCAAAUAUGGAGGGAAGAAAAAGUCUCCUGGAAAUUAGAGCGUAAAAAAUAUGAAUUUGUUUUAAAAAAUUUUUUGAAAAUGGAGAACGAACUUAUAGAUGGAACUGAGAAUUCUACCGAAACAAAAUUCGAGGAAAGAGGACAAUGGAGAAACAAAACCGAAUUCAUUUUGUCACUUUUAGGAUACGCAAUUGGAAUUGGGAAUAUUUGGAGAUUUCCAUAUUUAUGCUAUAGAAAUGGUGGAGGAGCAUUUUUGGUACCAUAUUUGUUGAUGUUAUUUCUUUGCGGUAUACCACUAUUUUUCCUAGAGGCCUCUCUGGGACAGUUUGGAAGUGUUGGAUGCACCAAAGUGUUCAAUAUAUGCCCGCUAUUCAAAGGUGCUGGUUACGCUAUGAUAGUUGUAAAUUUGAUUGUUUGUACGUAUUUCAAUACUAUAUGUGCUUAUCCUCUCAUUUUUUUGGUACAUUGUUUCAAUUCGAAGCUACCCUGGUUGGACUGCAGCAAUCCAUGGAAUACUAAUAAUUGUUCUGAAGUAAAGCACUAUAAUUCGAAUACAUCGUUACUAAAAUCUUCAAUAGUUAAAUCAGGAAUAAAAACUCCAGCUGAUGAAUUUUUCCAUCACAAAAUUCUACAAAUAUCUGACGAAGUAGACGUUGUAGGUGGAAUUGUAUGGCCUUUAUUCAUCGCUAAUAUCAUUUCAUGGGUUAUAAUGUAUAUCUGUUUAAUAAGAGGUAUAAAAUCAGUGGGAAAAGUUGUAUAUUUUACUGCAACAUUUCCAUUUAUCAUCCUUAGUAUUCUAUUUGUGAGAGGAAUAACUCUACCAGGUGCUUGGGAUGGUAUUAAAUACUACAUAGUUCCAGAAUGGAAAGAGUUAGCUAACGUUAAGGUGUGGGCUGAUGCUGCAAUCCAAAUAUUUUUCUCAUUGGGACCAGGAUGGGGAGGAAUCGUGAAUAUAGCAAGUUAUAACAACUUUAAGAAUAAUGGAAGAUUAGAUGCCAUAAUUGUUCCGCUAGCAAAUUCGGGAACUAGUAUAUUUGCUGGAUUUGUAGUGUUUUCAGUUUUGGGUUUCAUGUCACACGAAACAGGCGAACCUCUUCCUUCUGUCGCUACUGGUGGACCCGGACUAGCGUUCAUCACCUAUCCAGAGGCCAUCAGCUUAUUACCAUGGCCGCAAUUAUGGGCUAUUCUAUUCUUUUUCAUGUUAUUUCUUCUAGGAUUAGAUAGUUUGUUUGUACAACUCGAAACGGUCAUUGCAGCUUUGAUGGACGAAUUUCCUCAUUUAAGAAAAAGACAAACAUUAGUAACUAUAAGCAUAUUACUUCUCACUAUGUGUCUGUCAACGAUAUAUACCACGAACGGUGGAAUGUAUUGGUUACAACUAUUCGAUUGGUACGCAGCAUCUAUAUCAGUCGUUUUGAUUUGCCUAGUAGAAGUUUUUAUGGUGGGAUGGAUUUAUGGUGUUGGAAAAUUUAAAAGAGAUAUCGAAUUCAUGAUAGAUGAAAAAUUACCCAAUUUUUGGAUUAUCUCAUGGAAGAUUACAACACCAUUACUCCUAUUGUUUAUUUUCAUGAUGGUAAUCGUUUUCAACACAAGAAUAAUGUACCAGAAAAGUGCGUAUCCAGAUUGGAUUGUUGUUGUAGGGUGGUUAUCCAGUGUUUCAUCAAUGAUAUGUAUUCCAAUCUAUAUGAUAUAUAAGCUAACUUUUCUGGAAAAAGGAACUUUAUCUGAGAGAAUAAAAUCGUCACUAAAAGAUAGAAAUUGGGGUCCAGCUAAAACGAAUGACAGAGAAAAAUGGGAAAAUUUUAUUCAAAAUAACAUGAAUUUACCCAAACAAAAUCAUCAAGCAGAUCCGAAAGAUGAGCACAAAAGAAACAUAAAAGAAGUUUGAAUUUCAAGUAUAAAAACUACUUUGUAAGAAUCUUUUGAUCAAUAAAAAUUCAGUUGGUUUCAUUUAAUUUCA